AUGAAAUAUUUUAUAUUCUUGUUACUAAUAGGUCUUCAGUCAGAUUCUGUCCUGGCAGAGGAUUGGAAAGAAACUCUACUCCUUCAUCACUCCAAAAAUAUAACGGGAGUGAAUGCCCAAUGUGCGAAUGAUACGGAAACAUGGCUUCAUUCUUUGGAUAUUUUGACAGAAGUGUCAGCCGAAUGUAUUCUAACCAAGAAAUGUACGAAAAAAGAAGAGAAACUACUCGAGGAGAACUUCUAUGCAUUGGAACAGUUGGAUUCAUUCGGAAAGUUUCCAUCGUCGGGACUUUUUGAAAUUCCUCUAAUUUUCGAUGGAUCUUAUCAAGAAUGUGAGAGGAUCAGUGGAAAGAAAUACGAGACUAACUACUGCUACGUCAUACUGAUUCCUGGAAAGAACUCCUCUCAUUGUCAUGUCUCAAAAUCUGGGGACCUCACACCAACAACCGUAUUCUUCAGAAGUGCAGUAUGCAUGCCGAACUCUUGUGACCAAACUGAAAUCUCUAAUGUCAUAAAUCAAAUUGCUGAUAUUCCAUUCACUGUUUGUGGCUCUCAUUGCUCUCGAUACCCAGUUAAGAAGGAUUCAGCAUUCUGGGGAUUCUCAGCUUUCAUGAUAGUUAUGAUUUCGAUUGCCAUUCUUGCCACUUCGGUGGACUACAUUUUGGAAACAAUUAGUUCAGAAGAAGAGAAAAAGGAGAAGAAAAAUCUAGCAUUGAGAAUUCUUCUCAGUUUUUCUCUGUGGACCAAUGCAGAGUUAAUUUUGUCGGUGAAAGAGCAAAAACCUGGAUUCAUCAAGUGUCUGGAUUGUAUCAGAUUUCUGUCAAUGUUAUGGGUUGUGUCUGGACACACAGUCAGUACUAUAAUGUUUCCAGAUGUCCUUCUUCCUAUUACCACAUUCACAAAACAUUUCUGGAAUCACCUCCUUCUCAAUGCCUUUGUCUCAGUCGACACCUUCUUCUUACUAUCUGGAAUUGUCGUUGCCUACCUAUUCUUCAAGCAAAGACCCAAGAAAUCUCAAAUCUUGAGUCCGAUCACUUGGACUUUGUUCUAUGUCCACAGAUAUCUUCGAUUGACUCCUCCAUACAUGAUCUUCCUUGGUUUCUAUAUCGUCUACAGUGAAUAUAUUCAAGGACCAGUUGCUGCCGUGGGGUUGAACGCUGGCAUCUACGCUGUUGAAUCCUGUAAGAAAACCUGGUGGCGAAAUCUUCUGUACAUCAACAAUUUCGGUGACAGCACUCAAGCAUGCUACGGCAUCACUUGGUACUUGGCAGUUGAUACCCAGUUGUACUUGGUGGCUCCGAUCGUUCUAAUCGCCUUAUGGUUUUCGUUUAUUUGGGGUGCCGUCGCAGUAGCAGCUGGUUGUGUUGGAAGUAUCAUUACGGUAUAUGUACUGUACGCAGAGUAUCAUCUACCAGCAGAUCAGUUUGGAAAGGGAAGUCUGAUCAACUUUGGAAAAAUGCUCUACCAGAAACCAUGGAUUCGGUGUACUCCAUAUCUGAUUGGUCUUCUAGUUGGAUACGGGAUUGCUGUAUUCGGCAAAAGAAGAGUACGCCUUCAUUGGGCUCUGUCCGUUGUUGGAUGGCUAAUUGCACUGGGAAUUGCAUCUGCAUGUUUAUUCUCGACGAACGAAUAUGAUAAAGGCGCGAUUUGGACAGACUUCGAAAAAGCGACCUACUACAACUUCUCUCGAUUCCUAUGGGCUAUCGCAGUCUCCUGGGUCAUUGUGGCCAAUCACAUGGGAUGGGGAGGACCAAUCAACAAUUUCAUGUCUCAUCCACUCUGGCAACCACUUGGAAGACUUUCCUAUUGUGCAUAUAUUGUACACUUCUUUUUGAUUGAUUUCUAUACAAAUAUCAAUGAUUCUCCAAUGCAUUAUUACUCGACUUUUCAAGUGUGGAUCUAUUACGCGGUUCCUAUCACAAUAAUUGCCUAUAUUUUCGCUUUUUUCUGGAGUUGCCUUUUUGAAAUUCCGACGUUGAAACUAGAAAAAAUGUUGAUCGAAGCUAUUCUUGGAGUUGGCAAUGGACGAGCUUCUGGAAAAGUCGGUGACGUGGCGAAGCUGGAAAUAAAAAGUGAGAAUCCGCUUCAAGUUAAGAGGAUGGAAGACGUGGAAAUCGUCCGGAUAGAAGAAAAACUACCUUCAGACUUUAACAUGAAGCUUUGA